AUGGCGGCCUCUCUGCUGCGAUGGCGGGCCCUGAGGCGAGCUGGUCGACCUGGCCCCGCCGCCCACCGGCCCCUCCCUGACGCCCAGGACCCGACCAAGAUGGGAGUGGCCAAAUGGGCAGCUGUGGUGGGGCUGGAAGUUCACGCCCAGAUCUGUUCCAACUCCAAGCUUUUCUCCGGAUCUCAAGUCCAAUUUACAGCACCUCCUAAUUCUUUAGUGUCUUUCUUUGAUGCUUCUCUCCCGGGAACUCUGCCGGUUCUCAACAGGAGAUGUGUAGAAGCGGCAGUGAUGACGGGCCUGGCCCUGAACUGCAGAAUAAACAAGAAAUCCCUGUUUGACCGGAAACACUAUUUCUACGCAGAUCUCCCCGCUGGCUAUCAAAUCACGCAGCAGAGGCUUCCCAUUGCAGUGAAGGGGAGCCUGACAUACUGCCUUCGGGCGGGAGCUAAGGCCAACCAGAUGGUCACCAAAACUGUGAGAAUUAAGCAGAUCCAGUUGGAGCAAGACAGCGGCAAGAGCCUGCAUGAUGAUGAGAGGUCUCAGACCCUCAUUGAUCUGAACAGGGCAGGAAUUGGUCUCAUGGAAGUUGUCAUGGAGGCUGACAUGUCUUGUGGGGAAGAGGCAGCUACAGCCGUCCGAGAACUUCAAUUGAUUCUUCAAGCCCUGGGGACCAGCCAGGCAAAUAUGGCAGAGGGUCAGUUGAGAGUGGACGCCAACAUAUCUGUGCAUCAUCCUGGGGAACCGUGGGGGAUUAGGACUGAAGUGAAGAAUCUCAACAGUGCGCGCUUCUUGGCAAAAGCAAUCGACUUUGAAAUUCAAAGACAAAUUAAAGAACUGGAAAGUGGAGGCAAAAUCCUGAAUGAAACCAGAGCUUUUGAUUACAGACUUGGGUGCACUGUACCAAUGAGAGAUAAAGAAGGAAAACAAGAUUAUCGGUUCAUGCCAGAGCCAAAUCUGCCCCCGUUGGUUCUGUAUGACUCCGAGUCCGUGCCCCCGACUGCAGACUCUCAGCAGGUGGUGAAUAUUGAUUGGAUCCGGGAGCGGCUUCCUGAACUCCCCAGCGUGACACGAGAGAAACUCGUUCAACAGUAUGGGAUGCUACCUGAGCACAGUUAUACCUUAUUGAACGAGGAAGGCCUAAUGGAAUUUUUCCAGAAUGUGAUGAAAGAAACCAAGGCAGAGCCGAAGAAAGUGACCAGUUGGAUUCUCAAUGAUUUGCUGCGUUAUUUAAAGCAACAAGACCGUACUGUCAAAGAGUGCCCAGUUACACCCUCUUCUCUGGCCGAGCUUCUAAACCUUCUAGAAUCACAGAUAAUUUCUUCUCCGGCAGCAAAACAAGUGUUCUCAGAGCUGUGGAAAGGAGAAGGAAAGACCCCGGCUCAGAUCGUUAAAGAGAAGAAACUUGACCUGAUCUGGGACGAAGAGGUGCUGGAGCAGAUCUGCCAGGAAGUGAUGGAGAGACAUCCGGAACAGGUUGCAGCAGUGAGGAAUGGGAAUCACAAGGUGGUGUACAAGCUGAUUGGACUGGUCCAAAGAGCAACCCAAGGGCGAGCAGCUCCGACCACGGUAAAGCAAAUCCUAGAGAAGCAACUGCUCUGACGGUUUGGACUUUUGUCUGCUGCAGGCCUGAAUCCUCAGUCGUCCAUCCGCCACCUGGGCCCUCGUCUUUGGGGAACGGGCAGCCCUGAGCCCGCUCACCGGGACCCUGAGAAGGUGGGAAUUCAGUACAGAAGAGGAGGGAGCUGACAUUGCUCCACCCCAACAUUACCCUUGCUUCUGCACCAAAGGGAGCUCACGCAGGAACACUUCAUUAAUUGUCACGUUUCUUUGAGUACUUACUGCGUGCAGAGCACUGUACUAAGCACUUGAACAGCAGGGGUCAAUUGCAUUUCUCCUCCUCUGGAUGAUGAUCCUACAACAUGGAUUGAACACUGAAAUGGGGAAGUAAACCAGGCUUAGCUACCUUUAAA